CGUGGGGAAUUAAAUAAAGGAGGUGUGGGUUUGCAGGGGCAAGGGCACUCUCUUUAUUUUUGCUCCUCUCUUCUCUCUCUCUCCUCUAUAAAGCGCUCAAACCCCUAGUCAUCUUUUCCUUCUCCUCCUCCCCACCUUCAGCUCUCCAACUUUAACAACCUAUCCCUCUGCAGGAGAGGCAAAUAAGCUGGGAUCCUAUGUCCUGAUAUGGAGCGCCAAACCGGAUCGGGCACUCAAAGUGGUCCGGACCGCCGUUUUACUGUGCACAAAAAAUAGCGAACUGGCAAAAAAAUCAAUGAACCGGCCAAAAAUCUUCCCGGACCGGUGAAUCGGCAGUCUCACUGUUUUAUUUAAUCGAACCGGCGUUUUCAUUUUUGACUCGGCUGUUUUUCUAUAUUUGUGGGGAGGGCUUAAGCGGCAGCCCAAACAAUAUUUUAUAAAUAAAGCUCAGAUCUGUGUAAAUAAGGGACGAGAUAGAGAUAGAGAGAAGUGAAGAAGAAGAUGCAUCACUGUGCUGUUCAAAACGCCUUUGCAGCUUGUGAGGAGAUGAUGAGAACCUCUUUAAAUAUUGCAGAGAAAAAGGAGCCCGUCGUGUGUCCUAAGCCCAGAAGAAUCGCACCCUUUAACCAGCCCAUGUACAGUGAUGCGGUCCGGCCAUUGAGAUGGCAGCUAAGCAGCCAUCCAACGGAUCAGAUGGACUCAAAUGCGAGCAACGAGCUCCUCGACAUAAUUCUCACAAAGGGAGAAUACGUGGGGUGUUCUCCUCCUUAUUUUUGUGGCUCGCCGCCAAGCCGAGCAGAUAACCCCUUGGUCCAAGAUGCCAGAUUCAUCGAUGGUCGAGAAUCACCGGUGGGGAGAUCCAACGGCUACCCUUCGCCAUCCUCGUCAUCGGCUACAUCAUCAUCCCAAAGAAAGGGGUUUGUUAGGGCUAGUUUCGGUCAUAAACCGGCGGCUGUACGCGUCGAAGGUUUUGACUGCCUUGACCGAGACCGUCGCCGAUGCAGCAUUCCGGCGAUGGCCUGAGUUUUGGGGCCAAUUUUCAACCUUGCCCACUCAAAAAUACAGGAGAGAGAAACUAGAUAUUUGAGAGAGAGAAUUGGAUAGAGCUCUAAAAAGGAGUCUUCUUCUUCAGUUCUUUGUCUUUGUGUCCAUGUAAAUGUGAAUGUAUAUGGAGAGAGAGAGAGAGAGAGAGGUUUCCCUGCAAAUAAAGGAUGGCAUGGUAUGGUUCUGUCGUGGCUUUUUGGCAUGAUGGGCAUAUUGAUGUGGUCUCUGUACAAUUAGGUUUUGAGGAGAGAGAUAGGGAAAGAUGGGUCUUGGGUUUUUUUUUCUUGUUUUUUUAUGCGGCUUUGUCGCUUGAGAUAUAAUUUGUACAAAGAAUGUGUCCUCUGAGAAUUCUAGGGUCUUUUGUUCCAUUAUCCUUUGUAUAUAUCCUUGAUAUUACCGAAUUGUUGCCUUGGUUGGUUUUUUCAAUCCAUCCCCACUUUUAC